AUGGCGCAGGUUCCAUGCGAUGCCGAGGGUGUGUGCAUGAGAUGCAAGACGACUCCUCCGACGGAGGAAUCUCUCAUGUGCGGCACUUGCGCUUCGCCUUGGCAUGCUUCAUGUCUCUCCUCUCUUCCGGAAACGCUCGCUUCUACUCUACAGUGGGAGUGCCCCGAUUGUUCCGGAGAAGAUGAUUCUCUUCCGGUUGCAUCCAACGAUGGAUCGGGAGUUGUGGCGGCCAUUCACGCCAUUGAGGCUGACAUGACUCUGACUGACGCGGAUAAGGCCAAGAAGAAGCAGGAGAUGAUGGGCGGUAAUAUCGUUGUGGACGAAGAAGAAGAGAAAAAGGAUAAAGGACUCGGAGAUGAUGAUGUCUUGGCCACGCUUGGAGAAAACCUGACUUGCGUUUUCUGUUUUGAGUUGCCUGAUAGGCCCGUCAUGGCACCAUGUGGGCACAAUUUCUGCCUGAAAUGCUUUGGGAAAUGGACUAUUGGUCAAGGCAAACGUACUUGUGCAGAAUGCCGCAAAGUGAUUCCUCUCAGAAUGGUCAGAAACCCUCGGAUCAACUCUGCCUUAGUCUCUGCCAUUCGUUUGGCCAAAGCUCCUAAACCUGCUGCUGCUGGUGCUCCAAAGGUUCAUCAUUUCGUAAGAAAUGAAGACCGGCCUGACAAAGCUUUCAGAACCGAGCGCGCGGUGAGAAAUGGGAUUUCAAAUGCUUCAUGCGGCAAGAUAUUUGUGACAAUACCAUCCAACCACUUUGGUCCUAUACCAGCUGAGAAUGAUCCCAGAAGAAACCAAGGUGUUUUAGUUGGCGAAACCUAG